AUGAUCCGAGCAUUGAUAGUCGUGAUCAUUCUCGGGCUAUGCAUCGUUCACAACGAUGCGGGAUUUCUCAAUCCGAAAAAAUGGGUCUACCUAGUCCAUUGCAAAUCUAAGGACGACGAUCUGGGCUACCCGAUCGUGCCUCCUAAAGGAUCGUUUAAUUUCACGUUCAACAGCAGAGUGUUCGGGAUUACACUCUUCUGGUGCCACAUGUGGCAAGGGCCGAACUUCAAACACCACCAAGUGUUCGAGGGGUACAAUGGCAAGUACCAUAUAUAUCAUCAGAUGAUAUGGGAAGCAAGAGAAGAUGGGAUCUAUUACUCCGAGAACUGGAAAACUUAUAAACUCAAAUAUCUUUGGGAUGCUCCCCACAAGCUAAGUGAGCAUUCCUCCGACUGA